AUGGCAUCGCAAUCCAAUGACAAUGAAAUUCAACGUUAUGAAUUAGUUGAACGUGGUCAAUUACAUACACUUAAUUAUCGUUGUUAUUUUCGAGAUAUUAAAACAAAAACAAUUGUUUCACCAUUUCAUGAUAUUCCACUUGUUAAUGAACAUUAUACUCCUCCAAAUGGAAAUCCAGUAGAUACGAUUUAUAAUAUGGUUGUUGAAGUACCACGAUGGACCAAUGCUAAAAUGGAAAUAAAUAAACAACUUAAAAUGAAUCCAAUUGUUCAAGAUAUUAAGAGUGGUAAACCUCGUUUUGUUCAUAAUGUAUUUCCUUAUCAUGGUUACUUAUGGAAUUAUGGCGCAUUACCUCAAACAUGGGAAGAUCCAAAUCAUGUUGAUAAAGAUACAAAAACAACAGGUGACAAUGAUCCAUUAGAUGUAUGUGAAAUAAUUGGUGUACUUGGUUUAAUUGAUGAAGGUGAAACAGAUUGGAAAUUAAUUGGUAUUGAUAUUCGUGAUAAACUUGCAUCACAAAUUAAUGAUAUUGAUGAUGUUGACAAACAACUUCCAGGUUUACUUGAAGCAACACGUCGUUGGUUUAAAUAUUAUAAAGUUCCAACUGGAAAACCUCCAAAUAAAUUUGCACUUGAUGGAAAAUAUGCUAAUCGUGAAUAUGCACUACGUGUUAUACAUGAAACACGAAAAUAUUGGGAAAAAUUAGCAGUUGGUGAAACAAAAGUAGAUGAAAAAGUUUGUUCAAUUGCAAAUACAACACUUAACAAUCGUGGUACAAUCACAAAAGAAGAUGCAGAUCAAAUUGUUGAAGCUAAUGAAAAACAUCAAAAAGAGCCAGUCAAACUUGAUUUAAGUGUUCAUAACGUAUCUUAUGUUCAAGAUGAAUAA